UUUUUUGAAGUAAUUAGCAAAUUAACAGAAUAUUGAAUUUAUAUAAUUUGAUAUUUUUAUCUUGACUUCAGUGUUUUUUGUUCCAAUUUCAAGGUGACUAAUCCAGUAUCAAACAACGUUGAUUCGGUUGCUUCUCCGGUCGCUUCUUUAAAACAACUAAACGUUCAAACAUCUGGAACUGAUAUAAGUCGUCCAGUAUCAAAAUUACCCUAUUGCAGCAAUUCCAAAAUGCGUAAGUGUAAAGUUUUUGUUGGUUCAUCCCAUCCAGAAUUGGGCCACUUGGUUUGCGACCGUUUAGGGGUUGAACCUGCUCCAUGUACUUUAAAGAAAUUUUCCAAUGGAGAAACCUCCGUACAAAUCGGUGUAUCAAUUAGAGAUGAAGAUGUUUAUAUUAUUCAAUCCGGAUCACCACAGAUUAACGAUCAUAUCAUGGAAUUACUUAUUUUAAUAUCUGCAUGUCGUGGAGGAUCAGCAUCUAAAAUUACGGCUGUUAUUCCUCAAUUUCCAUAUUCCAAACAAUCCAAAAUGAAAAAACAUAGAGGUGCUAUUACUGCUAGAAUGUUGGCUAAUUUAUUGAUUAUGGCUGGUGCUGAUCAUGUUGUUUCAAUGGAUUUACAUGCUUCCCAAAUGCAAGGUUUUUUCACUAAACCAGUUGAUAAUUUAUUUGGUGCACCCACUUUAGCCAGAUGGAUUCGUCAUAAUAUACCGGAUUGGGAAAAUGCAGUUGUUGUUUCUAAGAAUCCUGGUGGUACUAAAAGAGUCACUGCUUUAGCUGAUUCUCUUAAAAUCAAUUUUGCUAUGAUUCAUACCGAUCGUCGUCGUACUCAAGAUGACUAUUCAAAGAAGAAAGCAUUAAAAUCUUCCAAAAACAGUCAUCAAAAUUCUAAAAAAUCUUCAAAUAAUGAUGAUGAUGAAGAAGAAGAUAAUAUUGUUUCAGAAAUGCAAACUGCUAGAAUUGUUCAAGGUCAUGUUGUUGAUGAUGAUUAUCCAGUACCUCAAACUCCAGUUACUAAUGGUACCACUAAACAUUUAGAAUCUACUUCGAUUUUAGACAGUGAUGCUUUGGGUGGCUCAUACGACGCUGCUAAUAGUGAUGAUGAUGAUGAUGAUGAAUCUUCUAGUUUCGCUCAAGAAAAAUUAAUCACUUUAGUUGGGGAUGUUAAUAAUAAAGUUGCCAUUAUCUUAGAUGAUAUGAUUGAUAAACCAAAUUCUUUCAUUGCAGCCGCCGAACAUUUACGCUUGAAUUGUGGUGCUAAAGCGGUUUACGUUGUUGGUACCCAUGGUAUUUUCAGUGAUGAAUGUUUAGAAACCCUUAAUCAUUCUAAAUGUAUCGAUAAAAUCGUCGUCACUAACACCUAUCCAAUUGGUCGUGAAAGAAUUGAAAAAAAUUCGAAGUUGGUCGUCAUAGACGUUUCUCCUAUUUUUGCUGAAUGUAUCAGAAGAGAUCACUUUGGUGAAUCGAUUUCGGUUUUAUUUGACUCUUUAGCUGCAAUCGAAUAAUCGUUUCACUCCUUUAUUUAUUUCAUUUCAUUCUUGGUUUAUUUUCUUUUGUUCUUCUGCUCUUGUUAUCUGCUCCGGCAAGAAUAUAUCAAUCCCUUUGGUUACCUCUUGUAGUUUCUCUCAAACCAACGAUGCAAUCACUCGGAUUGCAGGACCCAUUCUCGAUCAUGCCUUGGCUUGGUCCUUAGGAAUGGUUACUAACGGAGCGUUGGAAUAUCAAUUUUAGACCCUCUAUUCAAACCCUAACAGGUGUUUUACUUGUUUUGCAGCCAGUCUUAUGGUUGGUGCUUGUUUUGAUAAUGGUUACAUCCUUAAAACAUCCGUACAUAUAAAAGAAAAUCACACAUCCGGUCCAUCACCAACACACCCGUACAUCAAGUAGUGCCCCCACGUGCCGAUUGCUCUAAAACUGCAUGCAACGCCCUCAUUUUAUCACAAUAGGAAGAAACUGCCUUAAAUCGUAUUUUUC